AUGGAUUUCGCGUGGUUGAUCGAGGCUGGAGAAUUUUCCGCUUCCAUCUGGAAGUGGAUCUUCUUCAUCCUAAUCACCGCGUACGACUUCGUGUACGACUUCGUCGAACCCUUUACGGAAUCCGCGUGGGUGUGCGAGAUCGUAGGGGCUUCCGGUUCCAUCUGGGACUGGAUCUCUUACCUCCACACCGCCGGUGACCAAGCUUUCCGCGCCUUCUUCAACAUGGAGUUGGCACCUUUCACGCCGCUUAAUUGCGCACUCGUUCUCGCUGUCCGUCUGAUCUGUAUCGCCGCGACUAAACGCCUCGAGGCGUAUAGUCUGAGAUGGAAGGAUGGCGGCAAAGAUGAUCCCUUGUUUCUCCACGUCGACGUGGAUGAUGUCUCGGGUGUCUACAAGAUUGAGCGAAAGCCCAGGAUUCCUGGUACCUGGCCAGAACCCCCCUCGCCACCGAAUCAGGCGGUGUGCGACCCCGAGCCUGCUCCUAAGACCGACAUCGAAGUCUUGAAGGCCAAGCACGAGGAAGAGAAAUGCGAGAUGUGGACGAUGUAUAAUGCGUCAGCCUAUCAGAACAGGAGUGAGAUCUUCCGUCUGAAGGCACGUCUCGCCAGAGAGCGCCCCCGUCCCAAAUUCGUCAUCGACAAGACCAAGAACCUGCCCGACGUGAUCCAUAAGAGACUUGGUGGCGUUGAAGGAUUCUUCCACAACCCCCAGAAGGUCAGCAAGCAAGACUUCAGCCUCCGUGAAUCUAUCGACGUGCGUCGCGCGAUUGUUUCCAGCAACCAGGUCUUGGCAGCCGGCAACCACGCUUUGGCGGCCAGCAACGAGUCUCUCGCCUCAAGCAUGCAGGUGUUGGCUUCGAGAAUUGAAGCGGACGGCAAGGUUCAGCAGGACCUGGUCUCGCAGCAAUUCAUGGCAAACUUUCACCUGCUCCAGACUUACCGCGGAAAGAGCACGAUGCGACCAGUUCCUGAGUUCUUCGAUAUCAACAAGAGUGCCAGUCAAGCAAGCGUCUCAAGCCAGACGUCAAACGCCCAUGUUGAUGUUGCGGAAGUCGCCCAGACGUCAAGCAAGAUGAUCCAAGUCACAAAGUCAACACAGACUUCGGAUCGCACCCCUCUCUCGUUCUCGCCCAUUGUUGUCUCGCCUAUGUCGACGGCCCCGGUCAUGCUCUCGCCGGCUAACUUCAAGGCGGUUCAAGACACUGAGCGAACGCAGAACUCGAGUCCUGGGCCUCUGUCUCUAUCACCGCCAGUCACCUCCUCCUCGCCAACCACACCGGUACCGACCUUGCCUGUCAAGCCAAAGGAGACUGACAGCGCCAAGGCCGAGCUUGUCUUGACUACUACGAAGGUCACUGCUCCGCCUGCGAGCCCGAUGCCGCCAAGUCCUCUUGCUGCUUUGGAGAAGAUUGUUGCCCUUCCCGCCUCUCCGGUACUCUUGCCUAGUACCCCUGACGAGAAGGUCUCAUCAGCUCACCCCUCUCCGAAUCAGACCUUGCAACCCGAGAUGACAGAGAAGAUGCCCUCGUCUGGCACAUCUGCUACAGAACUCAAAGCAGCUCAUGCCGCCGCUACUCAGCCUCAGCCUAAGAUCGCAGACAAAUUGCCCCCGCUUAUCGGAGAGCUCUCCUCAGACAACAUGUUCGUGGUUCAAGCCAAGCAACUCAAGAAUGGAGAUCAGACACCCUCGCUUGGUAAUUCUCCUAGAGUUGGCAAUAUCUUCGCGGCUCAUGCUCAGUUUAAGGCUGUCAUCGUCGAGCCCACAGUCGUUCGGCCGCCUUCAGAAGUUCCUGCUUUCUCCGUACCAAUUGCCGAUAUGGAGCCUUCGCCAGAAAUCUUGACUCCUCCGAUUUCCCAGUCCCCUCUUCCCGCUGUCCCUGUCAAUUCCCCAGCCGAGAUCAAUGAACGACCCGAGAUCAAGGAACUCCAUGAGAUAGUCCUUCAGACACAGCAGGUCCCGGUGGCUUCUCAAGCCCCGAAAGCAGCUGCCGAGGCCGUGAUCGCAACUCCCAUCGUUAUACCUGGUCCGCCUAUUGACAAACACUCGGCCCAGCCUGACAGCGAGAUGGACUGGGAGACAGACGCUAAGCGAAAUACGCAAACCGCUGAACCAGAGUCUGACGAGGAGAACGACAAAAUGGAUGAGGAUUCUCCUUUGAAGCUUUGCUCGGGAUCCGACUUUGAAGACGGCUCUGUUUCGGGCUCUGAUCUUGCACCUCCCACGCCCUCACCUGCUCCUCGUCCGACUGGGCCUCGGCCGCAACAGGUCCCGGACGAAACUAUGUUUGAUGCACCCCAGAUCCGUCCUAACCGCGAGCUUGAAAUGGAAGAAGCCGCCGUGCCUACGGUAGACCGUCCCAACGUCCAGUUUCAACCUGCUCCUGAGGCUGUGAUGAUAGACGUCCCCGGUCCCGCCGGCUCUGAGUCCAAGUUGAGAGAAGUUCCAGAGAACAAGGCAAGGCAGUGGUCAUCGCCUCCGGUAUCCCCUUCUGUUACCUGGCCUAGCCCUCCUCACGAGUUUGUUGAGGUCGAAAAGGCUUCCGUUGUCGUCAAUCCUGAGCCGGAGUUGAAAGAGUCGCUGGUGGACGUCGAGGAAGAGAGAUCUUCACCUCCGGUAUCUCUUCCAGCCCAGAACACUUCUACUACAGAGGUCGUGAAGGUCGAUAAUGUCCCCGCCGCCGCAGUUCCCGAGCCACAGGUGCCAAAGAAGCCCAUAAGAAUCAAGUUCGUCAAGAGGGCCGCGAAUCCGUUGAUGACCCCGGUUCGGCCCAAGACAAAGCCGGCAGCAGAUCAGCAUGCUUCUUCCACCAGAUCCGAUGCAGACAGCCCUGACGCCUUGGUUGUUCAAGCCCCUGACAACUGGAAGUCUACCACAAAGGCAGACACUGUGUCGAAGCUCGUGCUGCUACCAGUGAGUUCGUUCAAGUCAGCCACCCAGCCGAGAACAGACCUCCCACUGGAUAGCGCCGGAUCUCGCAAGCAGAGCCCGCUGUCCAAGACAAUCACCGAGCCUGAGCCAGACGUGCCCGAAGAGCCUGAGGAAGAAUCACCAUCUCCCACCGUCACUCGUGCGCCUGAGCCCCCUGCGCAAUCUCAAAACGAGACAGUGGCACCUGCGACAAUCACUGAACCAGAGUCAGACGUACCCGGAGAGCCCAAGGACAAAUCAACGUCUCCCGCCGUCCCUCAGACACCGGAACCGCCUGUGCCUGGAAGUGGCUUCCUCGCAACGCCCUCGACGAUUCCUGGACUCUCAUGGCCUGCGCCGCCCCCGCCAAUGCCCCCGGUCACGAAGCAGGCCCUCGUCCUUCGAGACUUGUCUCAGGAGCCCGAGGAGAUGGAAUCUGAGUCCGAUAACGAUUCAGACAGCGAAGUAGAAUUCCUAGGAAUCGAUGAGUACAUCCCACCGCGCAAGAUCUUGCCAAUCCGUCGCCGUCGUUUGGAACUGGCUCUGGGGCCGGCUCCGACUCCUCAGACCUCAACUUCCGAGGCUCCUCCCUCCCGAUCGCCAACACCAGAGUACGAGGCCUUAUCGGAACUCCCUUCGGACUCGGACGACGACCAGGCAAUGUCUGAGGACGAAGACUUCCCUGCCCCUCGGAAAAUCCUCCCGUUGCGUCGACGUAGAUUGGGAGACGAGGAAACGCAACGCGCACAGGCCCAAGAGCAUGAGUUCCGCAAGAAGAAGCUCCAGGAUGAACAGAACGAAUUAGACGAGAAGGCGGCGAAAUUCCGGCCUCCGCCGCCGAUUCCUAUGGUGCCAGCCCCUUUCGUCGUUCAUGCUACGCCUUUGAAGUUCAACCCCUUGCCUGCGCCUAGUCCUACGCCCGGGCUCAGUCCUGCGUUACUUGCCGUCGCUCCGUCUCUUGCAAGACUCGUGGUGGUGAUUGGAUCCCCCGAGGUGGAGGACGAGUUGAAGAAAUCUCUGGAACCGCUGUGGGACCUUAUCGAUUCUGACCAGUUGAAGAUGUAUUGUGCCAAAAGCCUCACGCAGCUGGCUAUCAGAAGGUGGGGCGAGCUCAUGGAACACAAGCGAUACAACAGGGGACAGAGCAUUUUCCGCAACAUGUUCGAUGAUCUCAUUGACAGAUGGGCCGCAUUAGUUGUGAAGGAAACUUUCGUCGCUCACCUGAUCGUACCCGAUGAUUCCGAAUCACAAGCUGAGAUUAUGAACCCAUGGCUGGAGAAGAUCAGGGAAGCCCGGAAGAAAUGA